CACCUCCCAGUAUUCGCCAUGGCGGCGAUCGACGAGAGGGACACUGUCCCAAUACCACAACCUCCUGGCUAUCCAAUCAUUGGCAACUUACUCGACGUGUCUGGAGAUGUGCCUAUAAUGAACCUGGCAGAUCUAGGAAAGAAGUACGGAGACAUUUUCAGCCUAAGCAUCCUCGGCAAACGACAGAUCUUUGUGGCCAGCGCAGAACUGAUGCGGGAGCUGUGCGACGAAAAGCGAUUUGAGAAAGCCAUCAACGCAGCGCUCUGCCAGCUGAGAAAUGGCAUCCACGAUGGACUUUUCACAGCUCAUGGCGGCGAGGAGAACUGGAGUAUCGCGCACAGGACUUUGGUUCCCGCGUUUGGGCCGCUGAAUAUCAAAGACAUGUUCGAUUCCAUGAAAGAUAUUGCUUCGCAGCUGGUGCUCAAGUGGGCACGACAUGGAACGACAUACAAGAUCCCGGUCGCCGUCGAUUUUACUCGACUGACCCUUGAUACCCUUGCGCUAUGUGCCAUGGACUAUCGCUUCAACAGCUUUUACACCGAACAUAUGCAUCCAUUCAUCGACAGCAUGGUGAACUUUCUGAAGUAUGCCGAUGUCAGAUCGAAACGACCCGGCUGGAUGACUUCGUUCUACAAAGCGGACGAGGCGAAAUGGUGGUCUGAUAUCGAGUACAUGCGAAAUCUGUCGGCGGAACUCAUACAACAGCGGAGGGACCAACCGAACAAUUCUAAAGAUUUGUUGAACGCCAUGAUCAAGGGAAAAGAUCCACGAACGCAGAAAGGCCUGCCGGAGUCCUCCAUCAUCGACAACAUGAUUACAUUCUUGAUAGCGGGUCACGAAACUACUAGUGGUAUGCUUUCGUAUGCUUUCUAUUGUCUGCUGAAGAAUCCCGACACGUACAGGAAAGCGCAAGAAGAAGUGGACCGCGUGAUUGGCAAAGAGAAUAUCGAAGCUCAUCACCUAGACAAGCUGCCAUACAUCACAGCCGUGCUCCGAGAGACAGCACGCUUACAUUCGACAGCGCCAUCGAUUUCCCUGUCGCCCAAGAGUGAACAAGGAGAGGUGAUUGGCGGAAAGUAUCAUAUCUCACACGGCGAGGUGGCGCGUGUCCUCCUGCACAACGUUCACCGAGACCCUGCUAUAUACGGAGAAGAUGCGGAGGAGUUCCGACCUGAACGCAUGUUGGAUGACAAUUUUUCGCGAUUCACACCUUACUGGAAGCCUUUCGGCAACGGAGCUCGCGGAUGUAUUGGCAGACCAUUCGCAUGGCAAGAAAUGAUGCUUGUUCUGCCCAUGCUAUUACAGUACUUCAACUUUACUCUGGACGACCCUAGCUACGUGCUUCAUACUGCGUUCACAUUGACCAUCAAACCAAAGGACCUCUUCAUCAGGGCAACUCUUCGUGAAGGCUGGACACCACUAAGCAUCGAGCGGCACCUUGCAGGAUCAACUGCAGCCGAUAUCAAGCACGGCCCAAAUGUGCCAGCAGCGACAAGUGAGAGUGACGACAAAGGCAUCCCAAUGACGAUUCUCUAUGGCAGUAAUAGCGGAACUUGCGAGGCUUUCGCCCAGACACUGGCAGCAGGUGCCAGAGCACAUGGAUUCAAGGCUUCGAAGGUCGAUACGUUGGACACUGCCAAGCAAAAUCUGCCGGCCAAAGAGCCCGUGGUCAUUGUGACUGCAAGCUACGAAGGCGAGCCGACGGACAAUGCCGCACACUUCUACAACUGGCUUCAAAAUCUGUCGUCGGACGAGAAGCUGAAGACCAGCUAUACAGUCUUUGGCUGUGGGCACUCGGACUGGAAGCAGACUUUUCACAGGGUACCCAAGGCCAUCGACAGCAUGCUCGAGACGGCCGGUGGAGAGCGAAUGUGCGAGAUGGGUUCUGCAGAUGCUGCGAGAGGAGAUAUGAUGUCGGCCUUCCAAGCUUGGGAGGACGAGACACUGUGGCCAGCACUACGACAGAAAUUUGGCGGCCAGGAAGGUGAUACUUCCGCGGCAUCAUCACUGGCUCAAGCUGUCUCGAUCGAGGUCUUCAGCAAGCGAGCAUCCAAUUUGCGCGCCGACGUUUCAGAAGCCAAAGUACUUUCCACGAAAACGCUCACAGCAGCCGGCGCUCCAGUCAAGAAGCACAUUGAGCUCCGGCUGCCAUCAAGCUUGACCUACCGAGCAGGCGACUAUCUUGCCGUCCUGCCACUCAACCCAGCAGAAACGGUCCAUCGAGUUGCCAAACGCUUCUCCCUCCCUUGGGAUGCUAUGCUCAAGAUCACAUCACGCACAGGCACUACGCUACCGACAGACCAUCCGAUAUCCGCGCAUAACUUGUUCUCGGCCUACUUGGAGCUCUCACAGCCAGCGACCAAGCGCAACCUAGCGAUGCUUAUCGAAGCGGCCGGAGACGACCAGACCAAGAAGGAGCUUUCAGAUCUUGCCACCGGUGACUUUCAAGCCAACAUUACCAACAAGCGCAUCUCGCUCCUCGACCUCCUCGAACGCUACCCUGAGAUCCAGCUGCCGCUGUCUGCCUUUGUCGCAUCACUUAUCAGCAUGCGAGUUCGGCAGUACAGCAUUUCCAGCUCACCCCUGUCGGACCCCCAUGUGAUAACGCUUACAUACGCAGUUCUGGACGAACCAUCACUUUCGGGCGUUGGCCGCCACGUUGGUGUUGCUUCCCACCAUCUCAGCCAGCUUCAGCCCGGCGACAUGGUCCACGUAGCCGUCAAGCCCAGCCCCGCCGCCUUCCAUCUCCCCUCGAGCGCCGACACCACGCCCGUGAUCAUGAUUGCCGCAGGCGCAGGACUAGCCCCCUUCCGCGGCUUCAUUCAAGAAAGAGCCUCUCAGAUCGGAUCCGGACGCAAAAAACUCGCCCCCGCGAAUCUCUACUUCGGAUGUCGCCAUCCGGCACAGGACGAUCUCUACCGCGAGGAAUUCGAUUUCUGGGAGAAGAUCGGGGCGGUCAGUGUGGUUCGCCGAUCUUUCAGUCGAGCGGCCGACCUGUCUGAAGGGCAUCGACAUGUCGAUCAAGUCAUUCUGGCGGAUCGACGGAGGUUGGUGGAACUCUGGGAUCAAGGUGCUAGAGUGUACGUGUGUGGGAGCCGAGGACUUGGAGAAUCGGUCAAGCAGGCGUUUCUGAAAAUUGCGAAGGACGAGGCUGAAGCGGAGGGGAAGGAGGUCAGUGGAGAGGAUUUGGAGAAAUGGUUUGGAUUGUUGAGAAAUGAACGCUACUCGACUGAUGUCUUUGCUUGA